AUGUCGCCCCCAACACAAGACUUGCACAUUCCGGGCCGCCUCGAUGGCAAAGUAGCACUUGUCACUGGGUCCGGACGAGGGAUCGGUGCUGCAGUGGCAGUCCAUCUAGGCCUCCUGGGUGCCAAAGUCGUUGUCAACUACGCCAAUUCUCCUACACACGCACAAAAAGUCGUAGACGAGAUUAAGCAACUGGGAUCCGAUGCCAUCGCAAUCAAGGCUGAUGUUCGACAAGUUCCCGAAAUUGUCCGCCUCUUCGAUGAGGCAGUCGCACAUUUCGGUCAGCUGGACAUCGCGGUCAGCAACUCGGGCGUCGUCAGCUUCGGCCACCUGAAGGACGUUACGGAGGAGGAAUUCGAUCGUGUAUUCAGUCUCAACACUCGUGGCCAAUUCUUCGUGGCUCGCGAAGCUUACAAGCAUUUGAACAACGGGGGCCGAAUAAUCAUGACAUCGUCCAACACUUCCAGGGACUUCAGUGUACCCAAGCACUCGCUGUAUUCCGGGUCCAAGGGUGCUAUCGACAGCUUCGUUCGGAUCUUCUCCAAGGACUGCGGGGACAAGAAGAUUACAGUUAAUGCUGUGGCUCCUGGAGGAACGGUGACCGAUAUGUUCCACGACGUCUCACAGCACUACAUUCCCAACGGAGAAACAUAUACACCAGAAGAACGCCAGAAGAUGGCGGCACAUGCGUCACCUCUUCAUCGUAACGGAUUCCCUGAGGAUAUCGCGCGUGUUGUCGGCUUCCUUGUCAGUGCAGAGGGAGAGUGGAUCAACGGGAAGGUGCUCACUGUAGAUGGUGGUGCUGCAUGA